AAACGUCUUGUGGUUGUCAAUCAUUUGUACGUUGAUCUUCCACAAUUGCUUCGUAUUUAAAUUUUCAAAAGCAUAGCAUGUUAAUAGCAAUAUGGAUACGUUGGUACAGAAAAUAAUCUCUGAUGCAACCGAUGAAUUUUCGAAAGACAUUGUCACAUUCCAAGAAAAUUAUGGAAAUAGAACUACGUUUGAAGAAUUAAACAAGGACCAGUUACGUGAAAAGCUGUGGAAGACACUAUUUCGUUACUUGUCCGAUAAUACGCAAUCUUUUAUUCAUUGUAAUUGCUUGUCAACCUUACGGAUUCUUAGCCGAGAUAAAACAAAUUUAAAUGAAUUAGUCACAGACGAACAAAUAAAUUUCAUAUUAGAUAAAGCGGCUUUGAAAGACCCGGAUAUAAAACAACAGGUUUCCUACAACAAUGUCACUACUGAGUCUCUGAAGUUGCUGUGCAAUCUAAUAUUUAAUAGUACAAAAGUACACCAAGUAUUGCCAACAACACCUUGUUUGUUGUGUCUGAUCAAACGCAUGAAAGAUUAUAACGAUGCCACUCCUCAAGAAAUAAUGUUCUUCGACACUAGAAUUAUAUUUUUAAUCACUGCUUUAAACACUUCUACCCAACAAGUUGUUAAAACAGAACUAAAUGGCGACGAAUGUCUAAUAAAAAUGUUACAAAGCAUAAGUACCCAGUGUGAACAAGAGAAGAUCAUUAUGAUAAAUGAAAGUCGUGCAACGUUAGCGUGCGAAGUUUUGAAAACGUUAUUCAACUUGUAUAUGCACUCGGAUAACGCGACAGAAAAAGAGGAGAAGAACAAAAAUUUAGUCUCAAUUUUAUACAAAUUACUGCUACUGAAAUGUGAGAAAGAAGAUGAUCUUCAGAGUAACAUUGUAAAUUUACUAAUAGUGGUACCGUACGAUUGUUAUUCAAAGAUCGUACCUCCUGCACAAGGUGAACACAAACAUAUGUUCCAAGGCAUGGAUAUGAGUGCAGUUUUUGUUUUACUAAAUUUCCUCGAUAGAAAAUUAAACUGUAAAGAAAAUUUAAUAGGAAAUCUCAGCCCAAUCGUCACUGUCUUUGUUAGAUUGGUUAAAUCUGAGAGAUUAAUACGGAAAUAUGCCAGACUGCAGAUUUUACCUCCGUUAAAGGAUGUGAUGCAUCGUCCUGAGGAAGGGACGACUUUGAGAGCGAAAUUGUGUAAACUAUUAACUUUUCCAUCGACGGAGCUACGAGAUCUCGUUGCAGAGUUCCUUUUUAUACUCUGUAAAGAAAAUGUUAGUCGCAUGGUUAAAUAUACGGGUUAUGGAAAUGCAGCUGGUAUGUUCGCAAACAAAGGAUUACUGGGUCCAAAUAAAGGAAAAGCAGCUUAUUCUUCAGAAUCGGAAGAUAGUGAAACCGAAGAGUAUCUGCAACUCAAGGAACAAAUUAAUCCUGUAACUGGUUGUUUCGAACAUCCGAAACCGAGUCCUUUGGAAGGAAUGACGGAGGAGCAAAAAGAAUACGAAGCCUUACAACUCGUAGGCCUUAUCGAUGCAUUGACAAAGGAAGGGUUAGUGCAGCCUUGUCGAAUUGGAGAUGACGGAAAACCAAAGCCAAUCGAACAUGUUCUCGAAUUACAAAAGCAAUUGCCAAAACAGCAGUACGGCCGUCGAGAUUACGAUUCCGAAUGAAUGCUGAAAAAAGAAAAAUAAACGCUGUACAGAAAACUGUAUACAAA